AUGUCGAAUACAUUCUCGAAACCCAAAGAAACACAUGGAGGGCUGGAUGGAAUCUGGCAAGUGAUGUGUAACUAUCGAAACCGAGUGGAAGUCAGUUUCCUUGAACAAAGAGACUCUUCUAUCGUCUUCCACUACGACGGUGCAUUUGAUUACCGAGCCGCAAUUCGCUUUGCCAACGAUCUAGCCUUCCAAGCCAAGGUUUUGCGAGGCAGCGAGUCUUACAAGAUCAUCCACAAAAAUGACGCCGUACACGCCGAGCCCGAUAUGAACAUCUGGAUGGAUCAUGCGGCAGAGUACGUUUUGAACGCAGUUCCGGAAUCUGCUCAUCCAGACUAUGUCUUUGUCGCCGGCGGUGUCUGCGGCCACAAUGCUCUGUUUCGCUGGGCAGAUGGCAAACAGCGCGAAACCAAUCUACCAACUCAGCGCAAGAUCAGUGGGUUCCGGCGCUCGAAGGGUUCUUUUUCGUUUAUCUACACCGUUGGUAUGGGCUUGUAUUCUGAGGAUGCGAAGUACAAGUUGCCUCUCGGAAGAUCACUUUUGAAUAUCUUGGGCUUUUUGGCUCGUGCUCCGGCCCCUUAUACCUUCGCAAUGAGUUUGUAUAUUUGGGGCUUGGUUUGGUUGAGUUAUUCUUAG